CUUUAAUUGCUCUGCUAGCUGGAUAAGUCGAUUCAAAGUAAGACAUAACAUUGUGUCGGGCAAAAUUGUCGGUGAAUCCUCGUCCGUUGAUCAGAGUUCCACAUAUAAUUGGCUGACGACUGUAUGGCCAAAUCUGCGAAGACAGUUCUCUAAUGAAGAGAUUUUUAAUGCAGAUGAAACAGGCUUUUUCUAUAAAUUAUUGCCAGACAGAACUUUAAAAUUUAAAGGAGAAAAUUGUUGUGGAGGAAAGUUAUCCAAAGAGAGAUUAACCGUCAUGGUAGCAGCAAAUCUUAGCGGCACAGUGAAAAAAAAAUUAUUUGUUAUUGGCCGAUCUCAAAAACCAAGAUGUUUCAGUAGUGUUAAGUCGCUUCCAGUUGAUUAUGCAAACAACCGUAAAGCGUGGAUGACGUCUGAACUUUUCGAGAGAUGGCUUCGAGAUUGGGAUCGCAACCUAGUGAAGAAGAAGAAAAAGAUUCUAUUGCUGGUUGAUAAUUGCCCGGCGCAUCCUAAUGUUACAGAUUUGAAAUCUAUAACACUUGCUUUCCUACCACCCAACACAACAUCAGUCUUGCAGCCAAUGGAUCGAGGAAUAAUAAGGUCUCUUAAAUGCAAUUUCAGAAAAAAUUUUGUGCUUAAAAUGAUUAAUGGCCUUGAUUGUAAUCAAAACAGUCCUAUGAAAAUAACAAUUCUUGAUGCAAUUGUUAUGAUUGAUGAUGCCUGGAAUAAGAUCUCACAAAGUACGAUUUACAACUGUUUCAAACAUGCAGGACUCAUUGAAACCUAUGACGAUUUACCAGUCCGAGAAAUAGAAGAAAACGAAUUUGAUGAUGAAGAUGAUUUACCCUUAUCUUUGUGGGUACGAAAUCUAAAUUCAGAUUUGUUACCAGCACCGGAAGUAUGGAAGGAUUAUGUUGACAUUGACAGCAGCCUUAUGACAUACGAAGAACCCACAGAUGAAAAUAUUGUCAAAAAUAUAACAGAAAAUGAGCAGUAUGAAAGUGAUGGAGAAGAAGAAAUCGAAGAAGAUCGAACGCCUACAGCAGAAGAAGCUCUGAAAGCUGCAGACUUACUAUCGAAAUUUGUUCACAGUCAGAUGGAAAGUGAUAAUUUGAACUGGGCCAUGUCUACCUUGCAUAAUGGUAUUAGGAGCUUCUAUUAUAAUUGCAAGAAAAAACAGAUGCAAACUAAAAUUACAGAUUUCUUUAGUAAAAAAUAAAAAAAAAUUACAUAUUGUACAUAUUUAGUAUUUUUGUAAUAGACGAUGUUUUUUUAUUAUUUUUUUUUAUUAAAAGAAUCGUACAAUUAAGGGCCUUUUUUUCAAA